AUGACUGAAACACGUCCUAAACAUUAUUUCGGUUUCCAUUACCGUAUCCUGCGAUUCCUAGGUCUGGGAUGGUGGCAUCACCCUGAAGAAGGAAAUACCUCUAACUUUCCUGGAUGGUAUCUCUACUACUCCAUUGCUACUCAACUGGUCUGGGUAGCCGGUUUCGUUGGCCUGGAAACUAUAGACCCGUUUGUUGGAGAAAAAGAAAUGGACCGGUUCAUGUUCAGUCUCUCCUUCGUCAUCACCCACAACCUCACUCUCAUAAAACUGUACAUAUUCUUCUUCAAAAACGCCGACAUCCAAGAAAUAGUUCACACCUUAGAGAUUGGAAUUUACGACUAUUAUCAGAACGAUGACAAAAACCGAAAGACGGUGAGGAUGUCAAAAAUAAUCACUGCAGCGUUUAUUUUCUUUGGCUGGGUGACUAUUGGGAAUGGCAACGUGUACGGGACUAUACAAGAUCUUAAAUGGAAGUCAUUAGUUGCUACUUUGAAUGAUUCUGAUGUACGGCCAGUUAGGACUUUGCCACAGCCGAUUUAUAUUCCUUGGGAUUAUCAGAAAGAUGCAUCGUACAUUCCUACGUUUGUGUUGGAGACUGUCGGCUUACUGUGGACUGGUCACAUUGUGAUGACAAUUGACACGUUUAUUGCAUCCGUUAUCCUGCAUAUGGGCUCGCAGUUUGAAAUUCUUCACGAGGCAAUAACAACUGCGUAUGACCGAACAAUGGCAUCACUGCGAGAAGGAGUAAAUGCAGAUCCUAACAAUAUUCGUGAAGGGGAAUCUUCGAAGUUAAGUGAAGAUGAAAAUAAUGAGAGAAUCGUCAAGUCUUUUGUUCCUAAACAAGAUAUAGAUGCGGCGUUAAAAAACACCUUCAGGAACUGUUUUCGACAACAUCAGGUGCUUAUCAAUUGCGUGGAGAAAUUCUCUAGAACUUAUUCUUACGGCUUCAUGACUCAACUGCUCUCGAGUAUGGCGGCCAUUUGCGUAGUAAUGGUUCAAGUUUCGCAAGACGCUUCCAGCUUCAAGUCGGUGAGACUGAUCACAUCAGUGGCAUUCUUCGUCGCCAUGAUAUUACAACUUGGCAUGCAGUGUCUCACUGGAAAUGAAUUGACACUUCAAGCAGAACGUAUAUCGGACGCGAUAAUGCAAAGCAAAUGGGAACGUAUUCCGCCGUCUCAACGUCGACUUUUGCUCAUAAUGAUGAUGAGGGCUCAGCGUCCAUUACGCCUGACCGCAGCCGGGUUCACACAUAUGGAUAACGCAUGUUUUCUAGCUAUCAUGAAGGCAGCUUAUUCUUAUUACGCAGUUCUCAGUCAAAAACAGCAGUAA